CGACGAGAAGGAUUCGACUAUCGAACUCUGGAUCUACAACAUGGAAUAAUUAUAUGGGAACAUCACAUAUCCACCAGCCAGCCACAGCACCGGAUGGGCAAUCUUUCCACCAGGGGUGUUAGUUUUCAACUCAAGAUCAUGGAGAACAGACAGCUCAGUCGGCAAGAUUCAAUAUAAAUACAGCACUAAGCCUCCCUGUUCUCUCCUCCAAUUCCCUUCCCUCACUCAUCUCCUGAAGCACAUUAUUCCAUAACCACAACAACCAACGCCAGGUUACAAACAAAAUGAAGCUCAGCACCGUCUCCCUUUCACUUUUCCUUGCGGCUGUCUCCAUUGCCGCCCCGGUCAAUGCUGAUGCCAGCGGUGCUUCCCUCAGCCGUGAGGGAUCAACUGACCCAGGACUCAGUAAUGCUGUGUAUAUCGAAAAGAAAUCAGUUCUUGAUGACCUUUCUGACCCUAUUAACAACAAUGUCCUUCCUGUCGCCAAGAGACAAAUCGAAGGAGAAGGAGAGGCAGAAGGACAAGGAGAAGCAGAAGGAGAAGCUCAACAAGAAGGAGGAGGAGAUGGAGAUGGAGAUGGAGAAGGAAAGAUAGGAGGAAAAAUAGGAGGAGGAGGAAAAAUAGGAGGAGGAGGAAAGAUAGGAGGAGAAGGAGGAGCCUUUUGAGGUCUGACGUACAAAUGGAGAUGGGUCUGAAGUGGAUUUUUCUUGUGGAAAUUCUUGAUUCAUGUUGUGCUCUAUAUCACUCUGUUUCGGACUCUUUCUGAAGUGGUACUGUUAUGUCUCAUUUUACAAUAUAUAUUAAUUAUGCAUGCAGCAUCUGAAGGACUAUUUCAAUUGGGCU